AUGCACGCUCUUCUCCUCUACCCACUCUAUGCCCUGCUGGGAUACCUCGGCGUCAUGCUCAGCUGCUUCGGCCUCCACGCCUACGUCCCCGGCUGCCCCCCAGUCAUCGGCUUCGUUGCCCGCUGUCUGUCCGCAUACCUAUCUCUCAUCGCCUGUGCGGUCUACGGCACUAUUGCAUGCAUGGUCCUGCGGGUGUUCAACCUGCACUACAAGUACGGCCAAUGGACCACAGCCAAAGCCUUCAAGUGGGUGUGCCGGUACACCAUCGGGGUAACCUUUGAGAUUCAAGGAAAUGGAGAUCAGAUACUCAGCAGGAAACGGCCCUAUGUCAUAGUUGCAAACCACCAGACUGAGCUCGACAUCCUCUUUCUCGGCGCCAUCUGGCCACAGCACUGCUCCGUUACGGCCAAGAAAUCCCUGCAGCGCAUCCCGUUCCUUGGGUGGUUCAUGACGCUCUCGGGCGCCGUCUUCAUCGACCGUGUCGAUCGCAGCCAAGCGCUCAAGGCGUUUGAGGGUGCUGCGACCGCGAUGCGGGAACUUAGACAGAGCGUCUUGAUCUUCCCAGAAGGGACACGGAGUUAUAGCAGGAAGCCGAUGCUCCUGCCGUUCAAGAAAGGAGCCUUUCACCUCGCGGUACAGGCUGGCGUGGAUGUGUUACCGAUCGUGGCAGAGAACUACUCGCGAGUCUUGGAUGUCAAAGGACUGCGAUUCAAUUCUGGGGUCAUUCGUGUUAAAGUGCUUGACCCCGUAUCGACGAAAGGCCUGGGCGCAACGGACGUGAACAAACUCUGUGACGACACCAGGAAUAACAUGCUGGCAGCCCUAGAAGCUAUGGCGAAAGACCCGGACUCACAAUCGAAGGCUAAGGCGCAGUGA